CUCCCUAGUUUCGGUUAAUGGGGCCAAUAUGUCACAUGCUAUUUUACUCCUCGAGGAAACCUAUCCCAUUCAUAUUUAUAAUACCUUGAUUCCCCUGGUACAAAGUGCGUUUUGGGCAUAUUCAAAGGCGAAUUUUGAGUGUUUACGUUAACAAAGGAAAUAACAGUGCAAGGUUAUUUCCUAUUUUCUUCAAGCCUAGUAAAAGUUAUUUUCACGGAAAACGAAAAUGAAACUGACAACAACCGGAGAGGACGAGGGUAGUUUCCAUUCGCUUGUGGAAGAUGGCUGCAGACGGUGGUUACCACUAUCCUCUCAUAGUCGAGGGCAAAUGGGAUUUGGGGACGACGCUACCUUUUUCAGAAAUAAACUGCAGAUUUAUUUCCAAAGCAAGAAGAAAUCUAACGGCGGAGAAUGUAUCGUGGAAUAUGACGAUCCUGUCUCAAACCAAGCCGUGGUACGCUUCGUCAGUGACGAAAUAAGGUCCCUUGUAUUGGAGAAGAAAACUCACCAGAUUGAUCUGCAAAAGAAAGGGAUUAUUAAUCUUGCUGUCAGACUUCCAUCUGAGACAGCUGUGGGCAAGGAUGAGGCAGGAGCAACACAAACUCCAGAACAAAAUAUUGUGGUUUGCAGAGGAAACCGACCCACUCCAGGAAAAGAUACUCAAGCAGUGUUGAGACAAAGGGUCCAUCUUGCGGAGAAUAUUCAGUUAAUGGUGAAGAGUUCUCAUCCUAAAAGGAGUAAUACUUUUUCACAAUCUUCGUCUAUUCUGCUAUAUGACCUUCCUAAAGAUGUUACGUGUGAACUUUUAUCUCUGUUUGUAGAAAAAUUGACUAAUUUAGAAGAAGCACGUGGUGAAUUCAGUUUGGAAAUAAUAACCGAUAUGGAUGCAGCUGUCAUCACCUUCAAAACUGACAUUGAUCUCUCUGAAUUUAUUCAAAAAUGUUCGAACAAGUUUCUAAAGCAGCAAAAAAUUGGAGCAAAGAUGCUGGAAAAAACUAGGAGUUUACGAGUGGAGAACCUGCCUUCUACCAUCAGUGAAGAUAUUCUAAAACUAUACUUUGAAAGUGCUAAAAAUGGAAAUAGAAUUGUAAGCUCUGUAGAAAUGACAUUGGAGCAUAAUGCAGCUGUGAUCUCUUUUGAAGAUUCUGGAGUUCUGGAUGUCAUUCUGUCUGAAGAACACAAGAUUUCUAAAAUCCCAAUUUAUGUCUAUCCUUAUUAUGAAUCUAUUGGAUCAGCUUUAUAUGGCAACAAAAGACCAGUGGUGAAAAUGCCUGAUCCCUUUCUGUUUGAAAUUGAUUCCUACAUUCUACAGUUUCUUAAACAAGAUGAAAAGCGAAUUGCAGAAAUCCUGGACAGAAUGUCCUCGUGCCACUGUAAUAUUGCAUUCCCAGAAUUGGGCCAAUCAAACUUGGUCAAUAUUUCCCCAGCACUUUCCAAACAUGAGAGUUCAUUUGAGAAUCUUGCAAAGAACUGGAAAAAGGAGGCUUCAGAUAAUUUAGUUUCUAUUCUGUCAAAGUACACGACUAAUAUAAACGACACAAAUAAAUCAGUUUGGGAAAUAAUUCAGAAUGAUUUGGGUCAAUAUUUGAACCAAAAUGUUGUUGUUAUUCCAGACACUUCAAAGGGAAAAGUAAUCAUCACUGGCGUGGCUGAGAGUGUGGACAUUCUGCAACAAACAUUCGAAUCAGUUGUGAAUGAUGCCAUUAAAAAAUUAGAAAGGGAAAAACAAAGUAUAUCUGAGGUAGUGGCAAUUCCUCCAGCUAAAUAUGAUUUAUUAUUAAACAAUGGUCUUGAAAGCUGUUUUACCAAACAAUUUCCAAAUCUUAACAUGAAGUACAGCCCAAAUGCAUGCCAUUUAAUAUUACAUGGUUUAUCUUCGGAUGUUUAUUGUGCCAAAAGCAAGAUAUUAGAAAAAGUCAUUGAGGUGAAGGAAAAACAGAUCAAUCUGGACCCUUGUCUUGUUGACUUUCUACGAAAAGUACACUGUCAAGAAGUUUCCUCCCACGUUUUGACAUCAAAUGGAAUCAAUGCUACAUUUGACAUUCAGGGCAACUCUGCUGUGUUGACUGGCAGUGAAGACACUUUGUGUGAAGCAGAAAAGCAAGUCAAAAGACAUUUCACUUUCAGAUGUAUUGAGAUACAAGACAUAAGUGUCAUUAGAAUGAAUGAAUGGACAGAUAUAAAGGGAAAAUUAGAUAAAUCAUUGAAUUCCCAAAGUAAACGGGUUGAUAUUGAAGAGAAAACCCUGGACAGGCAUGCGCAGAUUAUUAUCUCUGGCUACUCAGAUGCUGUCUGCAAAGCUGAAAAGCUCAGUGAAUUUGUCAAAAAGGACCCAAUCAUUCAAAGAAGCAUUCCUUUUAAAUCUUGUGGAGUGCUGUACUUUUUGAUGGCCUUUGAGAAAAUUAAUGUUCCAGGUGUUCAAAUAGAAGUGUAUGACAAGGAAAAUAGUGCAAGUAUUUCUGUCCUUGGUCCUGAAGAGAAUGUCUGUCAGGCAGAGCAUAUACUUUCAAGUCAAGCUUCCAAAAUAGUCAGUAAGAUGUUCAAAAUGAAUACACCAGGAGUAAAGCAGUCUUACAAAGAAAAUGAAGAAUAUCUUUUUUCCACAGCAAAGAGAAAGUUUCAUUGUAUUGUAAGAAUUAUUGAGCACAUGGAAGGUGACUUGAGCCCGACUUCCUGUAAAGUACAGAUGCCUAAUGGACCUGUCAUUACUGUUUAUAAAGGAGACCUGUGUGAGAGUCAUGUUGAUGUGGUUGUCAAUUCCUCAAAUGAAGAUCUGAAGCAUAUUGGAGGUCUUGCAAAAGCUCUAUCAGAUGCCGCUGGAACAGUGUUGCAAGAAGAGUGUGAUUGGAUUACUGACCGUCGAGGACCUCUUCUGCCUGGUGAGGCCGUUCUUACUGAAUCUGGCAAACUACCGUGUUCCGCAGUGAUUCAUGCAGUUGGUCCAAGGUGGUCAGUUACUGAUCCAAACACAGCUAAAAAGAGAUUAAGAAGUGCCGUGAAGGAGAGUCUACGUCUAGCAGAAGCUUAUAACUUUAAAUCUAUAGCAAUCCCUGCUAUUAGUUCUGGAAUAUUUGGAUUUCCACUGGAUUUAUGUGCUGAAAUAAUUACCAUGACAGUCAGGGAACACUGUGCAAACUUACAAGGAGGGAGUACACUCAGUGAGAUCCACUUGGUAAAUAAUGAUGCUCAGUCUGUCCGUGCUGUUUCCCAUGCUGUUCAGAAAGUAUUUGGUGACCUGAUAAGUAGUUCACCUUCACAGCAGGUCAGGAUUUCCUCAGGCAACAUGAGAAACAGAAGUAUUAAAUGUCUCCAUGAAGCCCAAACUAAAGAAGGUCUAAACAUCCUUGUCGUCAAAGGAAAUAUUCAAGAUAUGAAAGCUGGUGUCAUUGUCAACAUCAUUGGAAUGGAUCUGGAUCUUUCUUCAGGCGCAGUUUCCGAAGCAAUAUUAGAGAAAGCCGGCCCAAGCCUCAAACGAUUACUGUGGGAAGAACAGAAGAGAAAACAACCUUUCAUGGGAAUAGUAUAUAAAACUCAAGGAUGUAAUCUUGACUGUAAUGAAGUGUAUCAUGCUGUUGUUCCUCGUUGGGAACAAAGUAGGAAUGCCGAAAAGGUCUUCGAAGACAUAAUCAAAGAUUGCCUGAAGAACACUGAAGGGUCGCAGCAGGAUUCCAUCGCAUUCCCGGCAAUUGGUAGUGGCAAGCUAUCUUUCCCAAAGGAUGUUGUUGCACAGAUUAUGUUUAAAACAGUUCUGAAGUUCAGCUCUGAGAGACGGUCAGCUCAUCUUAAGAAAGUUUACUUUGUGGUACAUCCUGAUGAUCAUGUUGUUGUUCAGGCAAUGUCUCAGGAGUUCCAAAAGGUUUUUACAAAGCAGCCAAAAACUGCGGGUCCUAUUGAUCAGCCGAAAUCCACGGGUCUUUUCAUUGGAAACCUCUCUGAGACUACACCCGGUCAGGCUGAAAUGCUCGUAGGACCAAUUUUACUACAGAUGGUACCAGGAGAUAUUACAAAGGAGAGCACAGAUGUCAUUGUCAACUCAUCAAAUGACAAUUUUACACUAAAAGCAGGUGUCUCCAAGGCGAUUUUAGAUGCUGCUGGUCCAACUGUGGAAGCUGAGUGCCAUCAGAAAGGCUCACAGGCAAACAGUGCAGCAAUAAUAACAAGUCCAGGAAAACUGCGGUGUCAAGCUAUAAUUCAUAUGGUUGGACAAACAGAUCCAACUAAAAUCAAAGCUACAGUUGGUGAAGUUCUGCAGCUAUGUGAACAACAGAAAUUCUCAUCAGUUGCUUUCCCUGCCAUUGGUACAGGACAAGGAAAUGCCAACCCCUCCCAUGUUGCUGAUGCAAUGAUUGAUUCAGUUGUGGAAUUUAUAAAGAAGAAACCUUCAGCUUCUUUGCAGAAGAUUCGCAUCGUAAUUUUUCAACCUCAAAUGUUAAGUGAAUUUCACAACAGGAUGAAAGUGCGUGAAGGAUCUAAUAUUCCAGUUAAUGAAUCUUUCAUAAAAAGAAUAUCAAAUGUAAUUACAGCAGUCACAUCAGUGUUUAUUGGGGAACAGAAGAAAGAAAAUGCAGCCUCCUUCAUUGAAGAAAAUAUUCAAUUCAAAGAUGGGAUAGAGACAGCUCAUUUUGAGAUCUGUGGAAACAAUGAGCAAACUAUUGAAAGUACUAUAUCCUUCAUAAAAAGUAUGGUUUCAAAAGAUCAGAGUGAAGAAGUUAUUGAAAAUGAUUUCUUAUUUAAAUUCUCUGAAAAAGAAUGUGAACAAUUACAUCAGCUUCAGAAAAGUCUUCAAAUCUCUUUGGAACUACAACGCAACCAAUCUGGAGCUCAGAUAAAAAUCUGUGGUAUCACAGAGGAUGUUCUGAAAGCCUUUACAAAAAUUCAGGUGAUGAUUGACUACAUCAGAAACAAUGAACUUGAAAAAAGAGAUGAGGAACUUGUCAAAAAUUUGGUUGAAUGGCGGUUUCAAGUUAACGGUCAAUUCAUAGCAUUUGACAGUGCUACAAACCUGAUACUGGAAAAGGCGUUCACUGAACAAAAGGCUGAAAUUGCUUUCAUAUUUUGCAAUCAGCUAUAUGUUGUAGAUAUGAACAAGUGUACUGCAAGGGUCAAUAGACGUGAGAUGAGUUUGAAAAGGAUUUCGAAAGUUGAAGGAACGCUAAUUGAUAGCCUACCAACACAUUGGGAUGACAUGCAAAAUUUACAAAGUAAAUCUGUGGAGCUCCAACAGAAUUCCAAAGAAUAUCAGGAUGUAGCACAAUCAUUCAAAGCAACUGUUGCGCAGCGUCAGAUUGUAAAGAUUGAAAGACUUCAAAACCCAUUUCUUUGGAAAAAUUAUAUGAUUAAAAAACAACAGCUUGAUAACAAAAAUCCACCUGGAACUAAUAAUGAGAGGAACUUAUUCCAUGGAACUGCAUCAGAUACACUCAGUUUAUUCAGUCGUCAUGGAUUCAACCAGAGCUAUGCUGGAAGGAAUGCCACAAUGUAUCGGAAUGGCACCUAUUUUGCCGUAAAUGCAAACUAUUUUGCUCACAACACUUACUCAAAACCUGACGCGAAUGGAAUGAAGUACACGUAUCAUGCCCGAGUACUAACUGGAAUCUACUGUCGAGGACAGGGUGGAAUGGUCGCACCCCCUUCAAAAAGUCCAAGUGAUCCAACAGACUUGUUUGACAGUGUUGUGGAUAACACAGUGACUCCUUUCAUGUUCAUUAUUUUCAAUGACAUUCAAGCUUACCCAGAAUAUUUAAUUACUUUCAAAUAACUAAAUUAUUUCAGAUAUGAAAACAUUAUAUUGGAAUUUAAUUUUUCUGUAAUUCUUUCAUUGAAUUCCCCUGUUGAAAUCAUAACUUUUGAAUUUGGGGUCAUAAUGUUGAACAGCUAAUGAAAAGGUUGAGUGUUUCUUGUCAAAGAUACACUUUCAAUUCCAGAUACAGAGGGUAGUUGACUACAUUGGUUGAUAUGAAUACAAUAUCCCUAAUGCUAACUUCUUAUGAUCUCUCUGUAUAGAUAGAAAGUGCAUAUCUGUUAGAAAUGAAUGUUGUAAAUGAUGAGCACAUCUUAAAUCAGACAAAUAUGUACAUUGCUCAGAGCACAUAUGAUUAUCUAUCAACCAGGCCUGUGACCUAGUUACCGCAGAACUGAGAAGACAAUAAUGAGCCAACCACUUGGAUGGGCUUAGGGUCAUACAGAUACAAAUUAAACCAGAUACAAAUUAAACCAGAUACACUUUGACAUCUGGGAGAUGGAGGGAUCUCGGCUAAGUUUUGUCAUCAGAGCCACAUAUGACCUCCUACGCAUACCCCAGAACCUGAACCAGUGGUGGGGAGAAGACCCCGCUUGCUCUCCUUUUCAAGCACCUGGAUCACUAGGGCACAUUUUAACAGGAUGCACCAUGAACCUCAUCCAGGAACAGUACACUUGGCGGCAUAACCAAGUUCUCAGACAGCUGGCAUCAAUCUUGGAACAGAAGCGAAUCACCACAAAUGCUCUCCCACAAACAUCGGCAGGAAAUGUCCACAUCACACGGUUUGUGCCAGCAGGCCAACCUCCAGAGCACCAGAUAACAUCUAAAGAUAUAAGCAUUCUGCAGGUUGCUCGGGAUUGGAAAAUGGACGUGGACUUGGGAAAAAAAGCUUGUGUUUCCCCCAGACAUUGCAGCUACAACACUCCGGCCAGACAUGGUCCUGUGGUCCACAACAGCCAAGCUGGCAUAUGUUGUGGAAUUGACAGUACCAUGGGAAGAUGGUGUCGAAGAAGUUUAUGAGAGGAAAAAGAUCAAGUACUCUGAACUGGCAACUGAAGCUGCCCAGAAUGGCUGGAGGACCAAGAUUUUCCCUGUAGAAGUGGGAUGCAGGGGAUUCAUUGCUUACAUCUACCACCAGUCUAUUGAAGAAGAUGGGGGUGAGGAGUCACUCCCUCCAACAAGCAAUCAAGUCCUUGUCAAACGCAGCGGAAGAAAGCAGCAAUUGGAUUUGGAUUAAAAGGAAAGACAACAACUGGGCUGCAAGAUGAAGAUAGGAGGGUAUGGAACUGAGGGGGUUGUAUCUGGGACGCCAGGUAGCACCGUUGAGCCCUCUGGAGACAUCGUGGGUUUAUCAACGAAAUGGCAAAGAAGGAGGGUGCCCACCUGAUGACCCCGAUGACGUACCUACCCUCCCUCCUUGUCACCACUCCAAACCCACUGCCAACAUGGAGAGUGCCAACUUACCAUAGGGAUCGAACCAUCAAGUCCUAGUAGCUCUACUAAUCUACUCUACAUGCAAUCUGCCAGUUUCACAGCUACUGUUUCUGAUUGAAGCUUUUUAUUAAAGACAUAUUUAAUCAUUUGAAUUGAAAUUUAUCAACUGUCAUGCUAUGAUUCGUUUAAAGUAAAAAGCACAUGGAAAGGUGACUUACUGACGAUAGAGAAAACAAAGGCAGAUCUGGAUUUUCCACUAAACAACAAGGCAGUACUUCAGAGAAUCAAUCCCACAACAUCUCACACCAGCCUGUCGGUCUAUGGCCUCUUGUACUGCCAAAUUGAGGCCAGAUGUCAAUUAGAGGAAUAGCACCUCGUAUUCCAUCUUGGUAAUCUCCAAAUGAUGACAUGAACAUAAUUUCUCCAGCUUCUGGUAACCACUCCUAUCUGUCUCAGCCUUUUGUUUUCCCAUUCCUACUGGCCGCGUUACCUCUUCUCUUUCUCCUGCCUUUUCAAUCUGCCAUUGCAUACACAUUCCUCCCUUCAGUUCUUCGCUCACUUCCUUCCCUUUAUUCCACGGUCCACCACCCUUUCCAUCUUCAGCCCUUUGUCACUUCCAAGCUUAUUACAUUGUUCCUAGUCCCUUCACCACCUGCCUAUCUUCUGCCUCUCUACUGGAUUUACCUAUUACAUGCCAGCUCUCAGUCCACCCCCUCCCUCCACCCUUCUGUUCUGGCUUCUCCCCUGUUUCUUUCCAGUCCUGAAUCUGUAGAUGCUGUCUGACCUGCAGUGCCUACUGCAUUUUCUGAGUUGCUCCAGAUUUCCAGCAGCUACACAGUAUUCUUACAUCACCACAUUAGACUUGUUGAUUCAGCCCCUACUGUCUUGAGACUUCAAAAAAUAACCUUGCAUCUUUAAGAGGAGGGUGUUGAACCUCAAUCUGUGCCCCUUUUCUGUUCUCUUCCUUGAUAAAAAUUCACUCUUGGAAAUUGCCAAGCCUAUUGUGACCAUUGCUUCAAUCUGCCCAUUUUCAAUGUUUUUUUUAGAUUUAUCCAUUAACCAGUUGAUUUUCCAUAGCAUUCUAAAAAUGAAAAGGGGAAAUUUUUAUCAUACUAAAUUCUUUAAAUGUAGUUUAUUUUUUAUGAAUGUUUAAAUGAUUCAUUAAUAGGUAAUUUUUUUGAUUUAUUAUCUUAACCCAGAAAAUAAAGAACUGUGUAUUUUCUUAUAACUACGUGCACUUUGUUUAAACAGCAAUUAUUAAUCCUUGAUGGAUGCUUGAAUCAAUUUAUUUGAGUGCAUGCCUUACUGUGUAUAAAUUUCAAGAAACUUGGUAAAACAGUGCAAAUAUAAUCAGUUGUCAAUUCAAACAUCUCUAUUAAACAUUACAAUUAGGCCACUUGUGCUUCCCAGUUAAGCUUCAGAUUAUCCUGGGCAAAAAAAAGUUCCACUUGCUUCUAAUUUUUUUGGUCUUAAUUUUUCAAAAUAGUGCUCAAGGCUUCAUGCUUCUUGGCUGCAAGGAUUGAAUUGGGCACAACUUUUUUUUUCCUCAGCCAUCUAUAGUAAAUUUUCUGGCUUAUUUGGAGAAAUAUUCUGAAUGGCAUUAUUAAGUUUAUUGAUAUUUAACUAUAUACAUGUAUAUAACAUAUAUAACCAUAUAAUGUAUGUAGAAACAAGACAAUGUUUCUCCGAACCAGGGUGUAAAGCACACUAGAACACGUAACACACAAUAAAUUAUGGAAGUUUCAAAGUACUUUUAUUAUCAAAGAAUUUAUAAAUUAUGAAGAUAAUGAUGUUUAAAGAGGUGGCAUUAUCUCUACCAAAGUAUGCACUUAAACUGCCAGAUCAGAGAAAUUGUAAAGAUUUCGGUCAUUUGAUUCCACAGCUGAGUGUUUCCUGUUUUCCCUGGACACCAUCAGUUGCUGCUUCAUCAUUCUCUCUCUCUCCCAGAUAAUCUUUCUUACUGGUGCUCUCUAAAUUACCUUGUGAUAUACCUUGCAGUCGAAUGCAUACAUCCUCCUGAUCAUUAUCUGAGUAGGUGUGAAUAAGUAAAGUACCAUUAUGAAGCAGUGAAAUUCAUCCCACAGAUCAGAAUAUACAAUUGGGAAAUAAUAGAAAGCAAUAAAAUUAAUUGGAAUGUGUGAUUACAACAAACAUUUUGUACUGUUUGCAAUUGUGUCCACUGCUCCUAUUGCAGCCUGCUCUACAUUGGUGAGACCCGUCAUAAGGUGGGGAAAUGCCCCAUCGAGCAUCUCCAUUCCAUCCACCAAAAGAGGAAUUCCUGGUGGCUAAACAUUUUAAUUUCCAUUCCCAUUCCCAAUCUGUAGUUGUGAACUUCACGAUUCAGGACAUUUACAAAGACAGAUGUGAAAAAAGGGCCUGAAGGAUUAUUGAGGACCCGAGUCACCCCAACCACAAUCUAUUCCAGUUGCUACCAUCCGGGAAACGGUACCGCAGCAAAAAAACCAGUACCAACAGGCUCUGGGACAGCUCCUUCCACCAGGCCAUCAGACUGAUUAAUUCAUGCUGAUUUGAGUGUAUUUGUAUGUUACAUUUACUAUUCUACUUAUUAUAAAUCACUAUGAUUGCA